UUUGUUGAACAAAUCUGAUAUAUAGAGUUGUGGAAUAUCAGUAUAUUAUUAACCUGAUAAAAUCAUCAACAAAGAUAGUCAUCGAUCAGCCCGACAUUUUUAUUCUUUUGAUCUAGUUUCUGUAAGGGAAGUUUUCUCACGGUUAUUUUCUGAUGGGGUACAUGGGAAAUUAUAGCAUGGGCAUUUGCCUCCCUAAGAAACUUGGGGUCGCUGAGGCAGGGCCUCCGGUGGACGUGAAGGAAGUUUUCAUGGAGUUUGCCGAGGGAGGAGCCUGCAUCACGGUGGAGCAGCUGAGGCGGUUCUUGGUGGAGGUUCAAGGUGAUGCUGCAGUUUCCAUGGAAGAUGCUGAGAGGAUUGUGGAGGAAGUGCUCCAUAGGAGGCAUAACAACGGAGAGUCUACAAACCAGGCUCUAAGUCUUGAAGAUUUUCAUUUUUACUUAUUUUCUGUGGAUCUCAACCCUUUUCUCCACAAUCAGGUUCAUCAAGAUAUGACUGCUCCUCUCUCCUACUACUUCAUAUAUACUGGUCACAAUUCAUAUUUGACUGGAAACCAAAUCAGCAGUGAUUGCAGUGAUAUUCCAAUCAUAAAGGCUCUAAAGAGAGGUUUAAGAGUGGUGGAACUUGAUUUAUGGCCAAAUUCUACAAAAGAAGAUGUUCUUGUUCUUCAUGGAUGGACCCUGACAACUCCAGUGGAGCUGAUAAAAUGUUUGAGAUCUAUUAAAGAGCAUGCUUUUUCUGCAUCUCCAUACCCGGUGAUAAUUACUUUUGAAGACCACCUUACCCCAGAUCUUCAAGCUAAAGUCGCUCAGAUGGUCACCCAAACAUUUGGAAACAUGUUGUUUUAUCCUGAAUCUGAUUGUCUGAAAGAAUUCCCUUCCCCAGAAGAACUGAAAUAUCGAAUUGUAAUAUCAACUAAACCUCCAAAAGAAUACCUUGAAGAUAAAAGCUCAUCAAGCAGAAGAAGAAGAAGAAGAAGUAACUCCCACAAAGAAAAAGAUUCUGAUGAUGAUAUUUGGUGGAGAAUGUCAGUAGACCUCACAAAUGAUGAUAGGAAGGUUUUACUGCUGAGUGAUUGUGAUGCAAGUGAACAUAGUCAAUGUGAUGGUGACAAUGAAGCCAGUGAUGGGCUAUUGCGCCCAUUAGGGACACCCGCCUACAAGAAUCUAAUUUCCAUUCCAGCUGGAAAGCCGAAGGGAAAGUUGAGGGAGAAACUAAAAGUUGAGAUGGAUAAAGUUAGACGCCUAAGUUUGAGUGAACAAAAAUUUGAAAAGGCUACUGCCUGCCAUGGAACGGAAGUUGUAAGGUUCACGCAGAAGAACAUUUUGAGGAUAUAUCCAAGGGGUACUAGGGUUGAUUCCUCAAACUACAAUCCUCUAAUUGGUUGGAUGCAUGGGGCUCAAAUGGUUGCAUUAAACAUGCAGGGAUAUGGCAGAUCUCUAUGGUUAAUGCAUGGGAUGUUUAGAUCCAACGGAGGGUGUGGGUAUGUGAAAAAGCCAGACUUUCUGAUGGAUAUGGGUCCAAAUGAUCGAGUUUUUGAUCCUAAAGCAAAGCUGCCAGUGAAGAAAAUCUUAAAAGUAAAAGUAUACAUGGGAGAUGGAUGGGAUUUAGAUUUUAAAAGAAGGCACCUCAAUCUUUGGUCUCCACCAGAAUUCUACACCAGGGUUGGCAUAGCAGGAGUACCAGCAGAUAAGACAAUGAAGAAAACAAAGAAAAGAAAGGGCAAUUGGACCCCAGUGUGGGAUGAGGAGUUCACAUUUCAAUUGACAGUUCCGGAAAUAGCUUUACUUCGAGUUGAAGUUCAUGAGUAUAACAUGUCUGAGAAAGAUUACUUUGCAGGUCAGACUUGCCUGCCAGUAUCCGAAUUGAGACCAGGCAUCCGGGCAGUGCCUCUGUUUAACCGCAAAGGAGAGAAGUUCACUUCACUUAGGCUUCUCAUGCGCUUUGAGUUUGUCCAUGUAGAUAUUUAG